AUGGCCGACACUUUCAGCCCAGUCUUCAGCUCAUCCGCACCUGCUAGCAAACUAGCAAAUGCACUUCACAAGAUUCUCCUAGCAUCUUUGGCUUAUCAGGAAAUUUUUCAGAAAACCAACGAUCAGGAAACCGCAAUUCUUCGCGUGGUCGAGUCUAUGAUCUCUUCACUUCCAGCAGAUGAUAGAGAAGGUAUCCAUGCUAAUGCAGGGGGUUCUACCUCCUUGACUUUCACGCCCGGUUCACCUUCGACGCCCGGUUCACCUUCGAUACCUUCUAUCCAACUGCCCAUGACCAUUACAAUGCCUAUGGACAUCGAAACACCGGAGCUCGUCGGAACCCUUUAUAUCGGCUCUGAUGGCUACGCAAAGCUACGAGAGGGGUCAGCUAGGCCUGAUGCAUUCCAAAACAGCAAAUGGACGAGGUCCCGCAAGAUGGAUUAUUGUACUACCGUGGACAGCGUUGGCGGAGUUCGCAUAACCAGGCUUGUUUGCACUAUCAAUGAACGGACACGACCACAUCCCACUCAUGUACAUCAGAACGUCUUGCGCCAUCGGUCUAAUCAACACACUGAUAAUCCUGUCAACCUCGGGUCCGAUCUCGUGCUGGAUACCGUAGGCAAAGAGGCCAUGCUCAUCGGAUCGCAAUGUGAAUUGGAGCGUUACAGUGAAUCCCGCCGUUGUGAGCCAGGAGAACUUCAGCAACCCAGCAUGAACACUUACAAUACAGAAGAGCCGGAUGUUCGCCGACCUACUAGGCAGCCACUAAAGCGUGGCAUGGAUAUCUACCACGCACCAGAGCUCAACCGUCACCGUUCAACUUCAGAGCCAAUACAACCAUGCUUGGAUAUCCACACGCCUCAAAUCAAGAAGCACCGUAGACCUCGUAGGAAUUUAUACCGAAACACAAGCUUGGAUGGUUCAUCCUCGUCCACUUCCUCGUCAUCCACUCCUCGAGUUCAUUUUUCAGAAUAUCUGCAAGAAUACCGAUAUCAGUCCUCGACCGAUAUCUCGUCCUCGCACCAUGUUUACUCGGCAGAUGCUCGGCCAUUGCGAAGUGUACUGAUCCAACCAAACUCCCCUAUUAUGAGCAAAGCUGACUCGGCACCGGCACCGGCAACGCAGGCAGAAGCACGUUCCAGUUCAUCUAAAAGGAAGCGCGACGAUUACGAUGAAGACAAUGACUCGACAUUGGAGCAUCCCAGAAAGAAACAACAAUUUUUUGUCGCAAGUGACAUGCUCAGUGGAUACCCUAGAUCUAUUUGGGACGGAAUUCAGCGUCUUUACUCGCGUUUGAAUGACGCUGAAUCGGCUUCGCUUGCCCGCACUUCUACGGAACCUCUGGAUUAG